AUGUCUUUCCUCUUCAUCAAUCAUCACAACGUACAGGCCAUUUCCCCAUUUCUGACUUCUCCAUCUCCAUUAAUGGAGAGGCCGCUCAUCGUAGUAUCAGACUCAGAGGUUCGUCUAGACUUUAUGCUCAAUUUCAAAUGCCGAGCCAACGUCCGCCUCAGGUCUCUCUCCGCCACUACCCCAAUAGCAUUCAAGACCACAAACCCAUCUCCCAUCCUCUUUCCCUCGUUCUCCCUCCGACCGUUUCCUCCCAAUUCAUCCGAUUUGACUAACCCCGAUUCUCUCAACUCAUGGUUCUCUUCCCUUCCUCUCUGGUCAACUCAAGAUUUUAAGCUCAAGGUUGCCUUCGUCGGUCCGUUUCUUCUCCGGCACGCUGUCAGCAGUGGGGAUGUUAACUCUGUGAAGAAUAUAAUAAAGAGGCAGAGGUCGAUACUUUCUGAGUUGUCACCGAGAGAGGCUGAGUCGCUCCUUCGAGUUGCUACUGAGUUGGCUGACCCUGAGGGUAUGGUGAACUUACUGCUUGAAGCUGGGUUGAAGAUUGACGCACGGGCGAAAGCGGAUGAUGUGGGCUUUCAUCAAAUGGACGCAAAGUGGCAAUCCAAAGGCUGGUGCGAGCUGCACGUGGCAAUAGCAUUUGAUCGGACGGACGAAGUUUUGGAUUCAUUGGAUAGUUUUGGGCCAUUGGAUUUGAGAGAUAAAGAAGGAAGGACACCGUUGCAUUUGGCGGCAGGUAGAGGGAAUAUCAAGUGCGCUAGGGUAUUGGUGGAAUCCGGUGCAGAUAAGGAUGCUAAGAGCAAAGAUGGCUGGACUGCACUGUAUAGAGCAGCGGCAAAUGGUGACCAUAAGAUGGUAGAGAUGCUAAUUGAGAUGGGUUCUGACCCCACAAUCGCAGAUAAUCAUGGCCGUUCAGCUUUUGAUGUUGCUCGGGACAAGGGACAUCUAAAUAUAGUCACAAACUAG